UUCAGACUUCAGAGAGAUGCUCCAGAGCCGAGGUGGAUCUACGGGUGCGAUAACUUCCAGUUAUAACAGUCUUCAUCCCUUCGCAGCUACCUUGAUGCGCUACACCCAGGUGCCACCAACUCGUCAAGUGUUGUGAUAAGUCCCAUCUUCUUCCUAAGAUGCGACCAUUUUCCCCGUCUGCCUGCGCCUUUGCCGUAGCUCUCGCAUUCAUUAAUAUCGACUCCCUCGUUUUCGCAUUUCCUCUAGCAGACUCCGCGUCUCGAGACAUACCCGAAGCCCACAACUGGACGCCCAACACUCUUUCACCCCGUUCUCUUCUGUCUGGCCGUGACCUGCCCACGGGGACAUGCAAUGCUGAUACGCCCUGUGUCAACGCUGCCUGCUGUGGCACGAACGGGCUAUGCGGGUAUUCACCUACUGAAUGUGGUGCGGGCAACUGCACGUCCAAUUGUGAUGCCAAGGCCGAGUGUGGCCAGCAUGGCAAGGAAGGCUCACAGGAGUGUCCGUUAGGAGUUUGCUGCUCGCAAUUCGGUUUCUGCGGUUCUACUAGUGACUUUUGUGAUGAAGACAAGAAUUGCCAAAAGGACUACGGCGGUUGUGGAGACGUCAAAAGACCCAGCUGCUCUGGUAAUUCCAUCACGAAGCGCACCAUCGGGUACUACGAGGCCUGGGCCAACACACGCCCUUGUGACAUCGUAUCACCCGAAGACUUGAAUCUCAAUGGCUUCUCGCACAUCAACUUUGCCUUUGCCUUUUUUGAUCCGACUACUUUUGUCAUCGCACCUAUGGAUACGGCCAGUGGGAAGCUGUACAGUCGUUUUACUGCUCUGAAAGAGAAUAAUGCUGGUCUCGAGGCAUGGAUCUCAGUCGGGGGUUGGUCUUUCACUGACCCGGGUCCCACGCGGACCGCCUUCAGCGACAUGACGAGCACGGCUGCCAACCGAAAGAAGUUCAUCACGGGCCUUAUUAACUUCAUGGAGCACUACGGCUUCGACGGUGUUGAUCUCGAUUGGGAAUACCCCCAGGCAGAUGAUCGGGGCGGCAUCACGGCAGACAAGGCCAAUUAUGUUGCUUUGACCAAGGAGCUUAGGGCUGCUUUUGGAAGCCGCUACGGCAUCUCGAUGACGCUGCCGACGUCGUAUUGGUAUUUGCAACACUUUGAUCUGGAGAAUAUCCAGCCCAAUGUCGACUGGUUCAACUUCAUGACGUAUGAUUUACAUGGAGUCUGGGAUGCUCAGUCGCAGUUCAUCGGUCCGUACAUCGCACCGCACACCAACGUGACAGAGAUCGACUUAGGUAUGGAUCUUCUCUGGCGUGCAGGUGUCAAGCCCGCGAAAGUGGUCAUGGGUCUCGGUUGGUAUGGCCGCAGCUUCACCCUCUCGGACCCAUCUUGCAGCAAGCCCAACGGUGUGUGCCAGUUUUCAGGGGGCGCUGAAGCCGGGUCGUGCUCCAACGCUAGCGGCAUCCUGACCCUGAAAGAGAUACAAGAUACGAUCAGCUACAAUGGUGUUACCCCGGUGUGGGACAAGGAGGCAAUGGUUAAAUACGUGACUUGGAAUGACGACCAGUGGGUUUCGUACGACGAUGACGAUACAUUUGACCAGAAGCGCAAGUUUGCGAAUUCACGAUGCUUGGGUGGGACUAUGGUAUGGGCCAUGGACCAGCGCGACCAAGGCGAAGACAACGGUCUUGCACCAGCCAAGGGAGUCACGACGGGCCAGCAAGAAGACGCCAAUCAAAUGAGCCAGGACCUGGCGGCAGGCGUGUCGUGCUACACAACUGACUGCGGCGCCUCGUGCAAAAAGGGAACCAACAAAGUGACGCAAAUGAAUGGGCAGCCAGGCAAACUGUCGACGGCCGACAAAUGCGAUGCCAACGAAUAUCGCACUCUGUGCUGCGACGACGGCACCACCAUGGGCACUUGCAAGUGGCGCGGAUAUCGCGGUUUGGGUUUGAGCUGCAUGGGCGGUUGUGACGACGGCGAGACCGAGGUGCUGCAGGAUACCAAUAACCAUAGCAAGAACGGUGACCAAACAUGUACGGGCGGGAUCCAGAGUUAUUGCUGCAAGGGUUUCAAGUCGGCGCCGACCAAAGAGGAAUUAGAAGAAGAAGCAAAAGAAAAGGCCGAGGAGCUGGCUGUUGAAGCGGCAGAACAGGCCGCCCUCGAUAUAGCAGCUAAGGCCUUCUGCAGGAUUGCAAUUCCCGCCUUGUUGGCACCUUUGGAAUUAAUUGAGGCUGCCAUUCCUAUUAUUGGGGAAAUACUCGACAUCGCCGAAAUCGCCGCCACGCCCGCGCUGAUCCAGCUAUGCACCGAAGGCAUCGAAAAGGAAGGCAAGGCCGUUUUCAAAGUAUUUGGCAAGGAACACUCGGUCACGUUCAACAAGCCUAGCAAGACAGUAUCGCGCCCAGCCAAGUCCACCCACGAGUCAGCCAAAACGUCUUCGUGCCCUGUCAGCGCCAAUAAGGCACGAGAUUUCGUCACCCUCGCACCACGGGCUCCCGCGGACGAUUGCCGAAAACGCAAGCGAACCGUGACCAUGUCUAAAGUCACGACGGAAAUCUCGCUCGCGCCCUUGCCCAACUACGCCACCAUCACCUGCGGCUACCGAAAGGUCGACAAAUCGGCUCGCCCCGUAUUAAGUGAGUUCGACUCCCAGCGCAAACGUGAGGAUUGGGCGCCCUACAUCACCGACGCACCGCAGGAUUGUUCGCCAGACGAGUUCCCCCCCGCCGUCAUGGUCGUGCCCAAUGAUGGCUGGGGCAUGCUGACCAGCAUGGCCUACAACUGGGCUGCCAUCAAGGACAAUAUGAGCGACAAGCCCGCAGCCACCCAGGGCCAGAUGGUGCGGUACCUAGACGCUAAGGAGAACAUGAAGGCCGGCGCACUAUUCAACAAGUGCGGCCGACCGCCCAUCUGGGAUGUAGCCCACACCAGCACCUACACCCAGGUGAAGGAUGGCAUCGAAACCGAAUGGGAGAUGAGCAAGAUCGCUUUCACUCGGACGGCGUUCACCAUGGAGUUCCCAAACUUGGACGACGACGACGGUAUCGAAAGCAACGAGUGCGUGCCGACAUUCAACGACGCUAAGCAUCCUGGCUACGCCUUGUUCAACAACGACACGUGGUUCGAUACCCAUGCCGCAGAGAAGGCGUUGCAGCCUGUCUACAAGGCAGGGCCCAAUGCCAUUCCGGCACAGAAACGCUGGGUGGAUGACCGUGUCGGGUUGGUGGUUGCGGACGUCAACUCAACGAGAGUAGCUACGUCGGAGGAGCUGAGGGAGCAGCUAGGCUUUGAAGCCUGUGGUGAUGAGAAGUGUACGCGCGAGAUGGAGGCUUUGAGGGCCGUGGUGAAUAAGAUGAGGACCCAGGCCGAAGAAGCUGCCUUGCCCGUCACGUCUCCGCCUGAGGCCAUGGUUGCAUCGCCUACGCCUGUUGUUGUUGGUAGUGAGCGAGUUGAGGAGAUGCCGCCUAGUCUACCUGGAUCGGGGGGAGACUUCGUGGUCCCGAGAGAAACGGGGAGCCCUGAGAAAGUUUAG